AUGCCUUCCCAAGUGGCUACCUGUUUGCGCUUUGCGCGACAGUUCUCCGCUGAUCCCGCUAAGCACCAGCGCUUCCUCGCCCGUACCUUCUCGAGCACUGUCCGCCGUGGCGCAAUCAACAAGGUUAUCCCCUCCGCGGAGGAAGCUGUCAAGGACCUGAAAUCCAACUCGACCCUUCUAGCUGGUGGUUUUGGGUUAUGCGGUGUUCCCGAUUCUCUGAUUAACGCUGUGCGCGCCAACUCCUCCAUCUCCGGCCUUACAGUGGUCAGCAACAAUGCCGGUGUCGAUGGCUCCGGUCUCGGUCUCCUCCUUCAGUCUAAGCAAAUUUCGAAAAUGAUCGCUAGCUACGUCGGCGAGAACAAGACCUUCGAGCGCAUGUAUUUGACUGGUGAAAUUGAGCUGGAGCUUACACCACAGGGAACUCUUGCUGAGCGUUGUCGCUCUGGUGGUGCUGGUGUUCCUGCCUUUUACACGCCCGCUGCUUUCGGAACAGUCGUUCAAACAGGCGACCUGCCAUUGAAGCAUAAUACCGACGGUACAGUUGCGCUUUACAGCCAGCCGCGCGAUGUGAAGGUCUUCGAUGGAAAGAACUAUGUUAUGGAGGAGGCUAUUAAGGGUGACUAUGCUUUUGUUAAGGCGUGGAAGGCCGAUAAGCUGGGUAACUGCCAGUUCAGGUAUGCGGCGGCGAACUUCAACGGGGCUAUGGGUCGAAAUGCUAAGAUGACCAUCGUCGAGGCCGAACAUAUCGUUGAGCCUGGCGAGAUUGAUCCCGCUGCUAUUCAUUUGCCUGGUAUCUACGUUAAGCGGGUUGUCCAGAGCACUACAGAGAAAAAGAUUGAGAAGUAUACUUUUGCGAAGGAGGAGGGCGCUGAUACCUCUGCCUUGGGCAAGGGUGAUACCGCCAACAAGCGCGAGCGUAUUGUUCGUCGUGCGGCGAAGGAGUUCAAGAAUGGCAUGUAUGCUAAUCUGGGCAUUGGUAUGCCUAUGCUGGCGCCGAACUUCGUCGAUCCCUCCGUUGAGGUGACAUUGCAGUCUGAAAAUGGUAUUCUGGGUCUGGGGCCCUACCCUAAGAAGGGCGAAGAGGACGCCGAUCUUAUCAAUGCUGGCAAGGAAACUGUUACGCUUAACCCCGGUGCUUCGGUAUUCGGUAGCGACGAGUCCUUUGGCAUGAUCCGCUCCGGUCGUAUUGAUCUGACCAUUCUGGGUGCUAUGCAGGUUAGCGCAAAGGGUGACCUUGCUAACUGGAUGCUGCCUGGUAAGAUCAAGGGCUUCGGCGGUGCCAUGGAUCUCGUUUCGAACCCAUCUGCUACCAAGGUCGUGGUGACUAUGGAGCACACUGAUAAGAAGGGUAACCCUAAGAUUGUCAAGCAGUGCGAGUUCCCAUUGACUGGCCCAGCUUGUGUCAGCCGCAUCAUCACUGAUCUUUGUGUAUUUGAUGUUGACUUCACCAAUGGUUUGACUCUGAUUGAGAUCGCUGAUGGCGUCACUGUCGAGGAGGUCAAGGCUAAAACCGAGGCCCCAUUCAAGGUUUCUGAUGACUUGAAGCCUAUGCUGUAA